CUUGGUUUUACUCGCAGACAGACACCUAGGGUUUUUACUGUUAACUCUCUUGGUAUAUUAUUAUUAACCUAGUGUAUCGAUAUAUCUUGUAUAAGCUCCUUUUGUUGGGAACCACAACAAAUCUGGUGGGCCCGUAAAUUUUUUUUCUCGAAACUAAUUUUGAGUUCACUCACAUACAUUACGGCGUUACUUUCCUCUUGGUUGUAAUCAUCACAUAUGUUGGUACCAUAGAAAAUGAGGUUUUUAUUUUGUCUUCACAAAAAUCACUGAAUAUACGUCACGCAAUAGAAAAUUCUGGAGAAAAGGCACAAAAGCCCCAAAAUAGGGAGAUUAGUAAACAAUGUCCAUUUUUGACCAAUUUCGAGAUAUUGAACCUGAUCGCAUCCGCAAUAGCAUAGUAUCAAUUAUUGCAGGAUUUUUAUUUGCAUUAGGCUGGUGGAUAGCAAUUGACGCAGCUGUACUUUUCGCUGAAAACAAUUCUUUACCUAAUGCAUAUCAUACAGCUGGAGUAUUCAGCACCAUUGCUUUCAUAUUAAUUAACAGUGUUCCUAACGGAGUAGGGAUUUUACAACACUUGAAACAGUUGAGAGAUGAAUUUUCAGACAGUCGUAUCGGUCGUCGUGGAGCACUUAUAUGCCUAUUUUUCGCUUUCUCAAUGGCAUUUAGUAGUACAAUAGCUGCAUGUUGGAUACUAUUUGGAGGUUAUAUCGCUGUAGAUAAAACACCAGUAUGGCCAGGUGUAGCUAUACUAUUACAAAAUCUACUAAUUUGUAUAUCGUCAAUUUUAUUCAAAUUUGGCAGAAAAGAUCUUAGUGAUUUCUAA